ACAGCCUCGUUUUCGUCAGAUAGGACAACACCUAGUAAAAACCUAGUCUGCGACGGGAGAGAGGAGUGGGGCUUGGCGAAACCGCUCAACCCACAGAAUGGGCGAUUUAUAACAUUUUAACACUCGAGUGUCACUAUUUUCACGACAAACAAAUUCUACAACGAUAAUUUUACAAGAUUCAGUAGCUAUGUCGGCAACAUUGUCGCGCGGCUCGCUCCAACCGGGCCAGCAAAAGCUGGCCGAGAAAUUUACCAUUCUGAACGACCGGGGCAUCGGGAUGCUCACUCGUGUCUAUAAUAUCAAGAAGCAAGGACAAGUUUGGAAGGCAUGUGGUGACCCCAAAGCCAAACCAUCCUAUCUAAUAGACAAGAACCUGGAGUCUGCCGUCAAGUUCAUUGUCAGAAAAUUCCCAGCAGUUGAAACACGCAACAACAAUCAACAGCUUGCACAACUACAAAAAGAGAAGUCUGAAAUCCUUAAGAAUCUAGCAUUGUAUUACUUCACAUUUGUAGAUGUGAUGGAGUUUAAGGACCAUGUCUGUGAGCUGCUGAACACUAUCGAUGCUUGCCAAGUAUUCUUUGAUAUUACUGUAAACUUUGACCUGACCAAAAACUACCUUGACUUAGUAGUGACCUACACUAACCUAAUGAUGCUACUGUCUCGGAUUGAAGAGAGGAAAGCUAUCAUUGGCCUCUACAACUAUGCCCAUGAAAUGACACAUGGAUCAAGUGAUCGAGAGUACCCUAGGCUGGGACAGAUGAUCGUUGACUACGAGAACCCGCUGAAAAAGAUGAUGGAGGAGUUUGUUCCACAUGGGAAGUCGUUGUCAGACGCCCUGCUCUCCCUCCAGAUGGUUUACCCCAGGAGAAACCUGUCUGCUGACCAGUGGAGGAACGCCCAGCUACUCAGUCUCAUCAGUGCUCCUAGCACCAUGCUCAACCCAGCCCAGUCAGACACAAUGCCCUGUGAAUACUUGUCCCUGGAUGCCAUGGAGAAGUGGAUAGUAUUUGGCUUCAUCCUGUGUCAUGGGGUCCUGAACAGCGACCAGGCAGCUCUGAGCCUGUGGAAGCUGGCUCUUCAGAGCAGCACCUGCCUCUGUCUCUUCAGAGACGAGGUGUUCCACAUCCACAAGGCUGCUGAGGACCUCUUCAUCAACAUCCGCGGCUACAAUAAGCGUGUGAAUGACAUCAAAGAGUGCAAAGAACAAGCUCUGUCACAUGCAGGCUUGAUGCACAGAGAAAGACGCAAGUUCUUGAGAUCUGCCCUGAAGGAGCUGGCCACAGUCCUAUCUGACCAGCCAGGAUUACUGGGCCCUAAGGCCCUGUUUGUAUUCAUGGCUCUGUCGUUCGCUCGGGAUGAGAUCAUUUGGCUGCUACGACAUGCAGACAACAUCCAGAAGAAGAGCACAGAUGACUUUAUUGACAAGCACAUUGCAGAGCUGAUCUUCUACAUGGAGGAGCUGAGGGCCCAUGUGAGGAAGUAUGGUCCUGUCAUGCAGAGGUACUAUGUCCAGUACCUGUCUGGCUUCGAUGCCGUGGUGCUCAACGAGCUAGUACAGAAUCUGUCCGUCUGUCCUGAGGAUGAGUCCAUCAUCAUGUCCUCCUUCGUCAACACCAUGACCUCCCUCGGCGUCAAACAAGGUGUUACAGUGGAAGACGGGGACGUGUUUGAUUUCAGGGGCAUGAGGCUGGACUGGUUCAGAUUGCAGGCCUAUACUAGUGUUUCCAAGGCUUCUCUGGGCAUCGCAGACCACCGUGAGCUAGGCAAGAUGAUGAAUACCAUUAUAUUCCACACCAAGAUGGUGGAUUCCCUGGUGGAGAUGCUGGUGGAGACGUCUGACCUCUCCAUAUUCUGCUUUUACAGUCGUGCAUUUGAGAAGAUGUUCCAGCAGUGUUUGGAGCUGCCAUCCCAGUCUCGUCACUCCAUCUCCUUCCCUCUGCUCUGUACCCACUUCAUGAGCUGCACCCAUGAGCUCUGUCCUGAGGAGAGGCAUCACAUAGGCGACCGUAGCUUGUCCCUGUGCAACAUGUUUCUGGAUGAGAUGGCUAAACAGGCCCGCAACCUUAUCACAGACAUCUGCACCGAGCAAUGCACGCUCAGCGACCAGCUGCUGCCAAAACAUUGUGCCAAAACCAUCAGUCAGGCGGUGAACAAGAAGUCAAAGAAGCAGACUGGGAAGAAAGGAGAACCUGAGAGAGAGAAGCCUGGAGUAGAGAGCAUGAGGAAGAACAGGCUGCUGGUCACCAACCUGGAUAAGCUCCACACAGCGCUAUCCGAGCUGUGUUUCUCCAUCAACUACGUACCCAACAUGGUGAUAUGGGAACACACCUUCACUCCCAGGGAGUACCUCACCUCACACCUGGAGAUCCGCUUCACCAAGUCUAUCGUGGGGAUGACCAUGUAUAACCAGGCGACCCAGGAGAUAGCCAAACCAUCUGAGCUGCUGACCAGUGUCAGGGCUUACAUGACUGUGCUCCAGAGCAUAGAGAACUAUGUUCAGAUAGAUAUCACCAGGGUGUUCAACAACGUGCUGCUGCAGCAGACACAACAUCUGGACAGUCACGGAGAACCAACCAUCACCAGCCUCUACACCAACUGGUAUCUGGAGACCUUACUGCGCCAAGUAAGUAACGGACACAUUGCUUACUUCCCAGCCAUGAAGGCUUUUGUCAACCUGCCUACGGAGAACGAGCUAACCUUCAAUGCAGAGGAAUACUCUGAUAUCUCAGAGAUGCGGUCCCUGUCAGAGCUGCUGGGGCCCUAUGGGAUGAAGUUCCUCAGUGAGAGUCUCAUGUGGCAUAUCUCCUCCCAGGUGGCCGAGCUCAAGAAACUGGUGGUGGACAACGUUGAGGUUUUGACCCAGAUGAGGACCAGCUUUGACAAGCCUGGAGAAAUGGCUGCUCUGUUCAAGAAGCUCUCAUCAGUCGACAGUGUUCUGAAACGGAUGACCAUCAUCGGCGUUAUCCUCUCAUUCCGAUCACUGGCUCAGGAGGCACUCCGAGAUGUGUUGUCGUGCCACAUCCCAUUCCUGGUGAGCUCAGUGGAGGACUUCAAGGAUCACAUUCCCAGAGAGACCGACAUGAAGGUGGCCAUGAAUGUGUAUGAGCUGUCCUCUGCAGCAGGCCUGCCCUGUGAGAUAGACCCUGCCUUGGUGGUGGCCCUCUCCUCCCAGAAGUCAGAGAACAUCAGUCCUGAGGAGGAGUACAAGAUAGCGUGCCUGCUGAUGGUCUUUGUGGCGGUCUCUAUGCCCACCUUGGCAAGCAACGUCAUGUCCCAGUAUAGCCCUGCUAUUGAAGGUCACUGCAACAACAUCCACUGUCUGGCUAAAGCUAUAAACCAGAUCGCUGCAGCUUUAUUCACCAUCCACAAGGGCAGCAUCGAGGACCGCCUCAAAGAGUUCCUCGCACUUGCCUCCUCCAGUUUGCUGAAGAUCGGCCAGGAGACUGACAAAACCACAACAAGGAACAGAGAAUCUGUCUACUUGCUCCUGGAUAUGAUUGUGCAGGAGUCCCCAUUCCUGACCAUGGACCUUCUGGAGUCCUGCUUCCCAUAUGUGCUGCUCCGUAACGCAUACCACGCCGUCUACAAGCAGAGUGUGCCUUCCUCCACCUGAGAGCCCUGAGAGGAGUGCAAUAUGUGCUGCUCUGUUCUGGAUCAACUGCAAUUGUCCUAUGUCCUGCUUUGCCGCACAUGACUACACAACUGGGCAGUUGUCCAGGCGCGACAAAACUAGGGCCUGUAGGACCUGUCUGGUUGAUUUCGAUGUCAAGAAAGCAGAGCAACUUCUUAUCAUGAACAGAACUCUUCCCAUUUUAGCAACCAUUUAGUCUAUAUGUUUUGACCAUGACAGCUUGCUAGCUAGGGUUACACCCAGCAGUUACGUGGACAGGGGACCUGAUCCUAGAUCAGAACUCCUACUCUGAGAGGCUUGAUACAUGCAGGCAGCCCCAGAGCCCUAUACUGAGAAUAGAAAUAUAUGGCUCUGGACAACUUGAGAGUCUGAUAUGAUGAUGUGACCAUUGUGGGUGUGCUGUGUUUCAUCUUCAGUCUUAAAGAAAACAAAAAUGAUAUUAUUGGUUUUGUGGGAUCAAGGUUUUUUCUUUUCACCCAGUUUUAUGAAUGAAUAAUUUGUUUACUUAAAUGAAUCUGAUGUAAGCUUUGUUGACAAUGAUCAGUGGUACACUACUACUUCAUUUCAUUUUUGAAUACUGUCUUAGUCUUUCAGUUUCUAAAUAUUGAAUGGGUUAAAUGUAACACUAAAAUUGCUAUUAAGGGUAAAGUGCAGCAUUGCAAUGUGCAAAACCAAUUGCAGAUUUUUGGGGAAAUGAUGAUCCACAGUUAUUCCAUUCACCAUCAUCAUCUGUUGAUUAUUACAGUAUGUGUAUCUGUGAAUUUGUGUUAAUUACAUUCUUGUGUUCUUUUGAGAUAUUUGCCAAAUUGUUGAGAAACCAUAGCAUUUUAUAUUAUUUGGAGCUAAGCUAAAAUGUUGGUAUUAAACUUAAAUAUUAUGAAAAGUGGUAACAGAUGGUUGAUAUUUGUAUAAAGCAUAGAAUAAUUUUUUAACUAAAUGCCUCAUUGGCAUAACCACUCCAUUGUACCUGUCUGUACGGUAUAUAAUAAACAUUCUUUCAUAUUUAUUGAAUGUUAAUAAAUAGCUCUCCUUUUACCACUUUUAUAUGUUUUCAAUGUUUCAAUGAACAGUGUAUCCUCCAUAACGUGACAAAUAAAUCUUAGUCUAUAUCCACUUA